AUGGCUCCAAGACGCAAGGUUUUAGGCACUGUGGUGAAGACCACCAAGAAGGUGGUAGAAAAGACCCUCAAAGUCUCAGUCCUUCACUCCCAAGAUACUCAAGAAGAAGAUGAAGAAGAAGAUGAAGUAGAAGAAGUUAAUCUUGCUCAAAAUGAACAAGAACAAGACCAUGAGAAAGACAAACAAGAAGAGAAGAACAAAAACAAGAUGGAGAAGAAGAAGAAGAAGAGGAGGAGAAGGAGAAGGAUUGAGAGUGGAGGAGAAGGAGGGUACAAGAGGUAUGUGUUUAGAGUACUGAAACAAGUGCAUCCAGGAAUGGGGGUAUCCUCCCGGGCAAUGGAGGUCCUUGAUGGGCUUAUGUCUGACAUGUUUGAGAGGAUUGCCGAGGAGGCAGCUAGGCUGUCAAAGUACACCGGUAAGGCCACCUUGUCCUCCAGAGAGAUACAUGGGGCCGUCCGGCUAGUGUUGCCCGGUGAGCUCGGAAAGCAUGCUGUGGCUGAAGGGACUAAGGCUGUGACAAAGUACAUGAGUGCUGGAGAUUAGAAGCUUGGUAUGCAUGCAUGAAUGGUUUUAUGUUUUGUUUGUAGACUUGUGUCUAGUUAGCCAUGUGAUC